AUGCAACCAAAGGAAUGGGAAGAUCUUUUGCAAAAAGAAUGUCGAUAUGUAAAUGGGCUCUCACCUCCACUCGAAUAUUGUCGAAUUCAUUGUCAACAAGAACCGCCUCCAUCUUCAAUUAAUCAGUGUCCAUUCGUUUGUAUGCGUUUAUUUGAUUUUGGUAUUAAACUACAAGCACUACUGAAUCAACAUCGUGGAAAAUUGUGGCUUUCGUCAUUAAUCUCGUGUUACAAUUUUAACAAAUAUUCCUCAACGACGACGGCAGUUCAAGAUGGAAAUCUUAUUGUUGAUCAAGAAAAGGGCAUUGAUCUCGAACAUUUAGUAACAUGUGUACUCAAUGUUUCAGUUGUUCAAGGAAAAUAUUUAACAUGGACAAAUUCUGUUAGAGAAGAAAAUCCAACUCUAUCCACCAUUUCACGUAUUGAAUUAGAACAUUUUAGUCGUUGUGUAUUAGAUUACGUUAUAAAUUCGAAAAAUUGUACAAUUUUAUUUGAUGAUUUAUUUCAAGAAUUGAAAUUAUUAUCGAAUAAAUCGGAUGAUUUAUUUCAAGAAUUAAAAUUAUUAUAUGUGAAUAAAUUCCAAGUGAAACAAUUACUUAAACAAUGUUCAAGCACAUUUCAGCUAUUGGGUCCUGCAGAUGAAACUAAUCUACGUGUUACAUUAACUCAUAAAAAACAGAUACAACGUUUAUGUGAUCUGACAUACGAUUUAAUUACUCAUGGACUAGCUGGUGGAGUCGUCAGUUUAUCAGUAAAAGCAUUUAUAUUUGAAUAUGAACAAUUAUAUGGUCAUGCGUUUGAUUGUCGAAAUUUUGGUGUUUGUUAUCCGGAAGAUAUUAUUGUUGAAAUGAAUGAUGAUCGAUUAGAAAUAGUUCGUGGAGAAGAAAUUAGAAUCAAACUUCGAGUAGUUGAAGACGAACAAAAAAGAGAAUUAUCGGCAUUAGAGCAAUACCAACUGGAACAUUUGAUAGAUGAUCUGUUUGAAUUACUAUCAAUUCGUGAAUCGAUGACAAUACCAUUACGUCUAUUUUCAAUAUUUUAUCAAGGAAUUUACAGUGAAUCAUUUCAUAUAGCUAAUUUUGGACAAUUUCAAACAUUUGACGAAGCACUAGAAUAUAUGAAAGAAUUCUUUGAGGUUGUAGAGGAUGUGAAUGGUGGUUUGUUAUUACGUUUUUGUGGCGAACAGGUGUAUUAUAGUCUUUAUCAACGAUUUUAUACAUGUUCAAUAUUCAUCAGUGGAAGAUCAGAUAUUUUAUUCGAUGAUGUUGUUGAUGAAAUAGAAUUAAAAUCAGUGGCAAAUGCCUACGAUAUUGAUGUUGAAAAUGGAUUUAGACAAAUAUUAUUUAAUGCUAAUGACAGCGCGAAACGUCGCGGACUGAAGCCACUGACAUUGCUUUAUAAAGAUUCGUCCUAUCCGUCAAUUGCUCAAUGUGAUUUAAGUUUAUACAAUUCAAAGACACAUCUUGAUUAUGAAAAAUAUAUUUUGUGUCAUUUGAUGAUGUGCAUUGAGCUACCAAAACGUUAUACGGAUCUUUGUAGUGUUAUGUAUGUCGAAUAUGAUCUAACGUUAAAAGAUGAAAUUAUUCAUGAAGCUGUACUCGUAAAAUGGAUGACCGUAAUUCGAGAUGAUAUCGAAUAUAGCCGUCUCUUUUUAUUUUCUCGUUGGUUGGCUAUACUUAUUAACGAUAAUCUUCGACAAUCUAUCACAACUACUGUCGAAAUGGCCAGACAUGCGUAUCUGAAAUCGAUCAAUCUUGAUUUUCAUCCUCAACUCGAUUUUCAACAACCAACAUUUUUGUCAAUGAUAAAAAAUUUACAGGAAAUAUUUUCAUUCAGUGAUAAAAAGGAACUUUACUUCACUCAACAAUUUUUAGAUUUUACGACAAGAAGUUACAAGAUUCCGGAAGAUCAUACAAUGUGGUAG